CACAACACAAACAACAUAACCAAAAUGGCUACCUCAACACCAACAAUAAUCGACCUUAAAACCUCCUUUCUACGUACACAGAUCCUCGCCCUCUCCCAACCCCUCAAACCAUCCACGACCUUCACCGAAUCCAUCUCCUCCCAAGAGAACGCGCUCCGCCAAAAGUCCAUAGACGAAGCACUAUACAAACUCAACGGCCUGUUAAAAAAGCAUAACAAGCUAUCUUACGGCCCGCAAGCGCAGAGGCAUGUUGCUGAGCAAGUGGACAGACUGUAUUGGAAUGCGGGGGAGCGCGGGGUGAAUACGCUGGGUAGGGGAGAGGAGUGGGCGGAGAGGGGUAGUGAUUAUCGCGAAGAAAGUGUUAUUGAGCAGAUGCCAGAGCAGUGGAGCGAGGAAGCAGAGACGAAAGCACCUGAGCAGGCCGCGAAAUACAAAGAGUUACAGCAGAAAUUGGUUGAGCUGAAUGAAAGGAGGAAAGCUGCGAGGCAGAAGGUAGAGAAUUAUAAAGCUUUGAAACAGCUUGUUGAUCUGCUGGGAGAAGAUGCUGGUGUGCAGGAUAAUAUUGUCACGAAGAAUGGAGAGGUAGAGAUUGAGCUGGAGAAGAUGAGGAGGUUGAUGGUAAGAGUUGAGCGGGGUAUUGGAGGACUGGAUGAGAGGCAAGAAGGAGAUGAAAUGGUGAUUGAUGGAGAGGAAGGAAGGGACAAGAUACUAAACUUGUUGACUCUGGGAACAGGAGCGGGAUAGUAUAGGAGACUCAAGUAGAAACGCUGAUAGACUUUCCAAACAGUUGGCCGUCGAAUGAAAUGGUACAAUUUAAAUCU